ACCCAAGUAAAAAGAACCAAAUGGCAAAGGCAAUGACGAGCAGACUCUUCUUGUUCAUGGGUUCACUGACACUUCUAGUGCUAGGAAAUGGUGUUGGUGUGGAGGGGAAUCUAGAUUAUAAAGAUGCAUUGCUUAAAUCCCUUCUUUUCUUCCAAGGACAGAGGUCAGGGACCCUGCCUGCCAACCAGCAGGUCUCUUGGAGGUCAAAUUCUGGCCUUUCUGAUGGUUCCCUUGACCAUGUAGAUUUAACUGGAGGCUACUACGACGCUGGAGACAAUGUGAAGUUCAACUUCCCAAUGGCGUUCACCACCACAAUGCUGUCAUGGAGCACGCUUGAAUAUGGGAAUAGAAUGGGUCCUCAAUUACAAGAGGCAAGUGCUGCAAUCCGCUGGGCGACCGACUAUCUCCUGAAAUGUGCCAGGGCCACGCCUGGGAAACUCUAUGUAGGUGUGGGUGACCCCAAUGUGGAUCACAAGUGCUGGCAACGGCCUGAGGACAUUAGCACUGUCCGAACUGUUUACUCUGUAACCCCAAGCAACCCCGGCUCGGAUGUUGCUGCCGAGACGGCUGCUGCAUUGGCAGCUGCCUCCCUGGUCUUCCGGAAUGUGGAUCCCAAAUACUCGAGUUUGUUGCUUCAGACAGCAAGAGAAGUUAUGGCGUUUGCUAUUCAAUAUCGUGGCGCAUACAGUGACUCACUUGGAUCAGCAGUCUGCCCUUUUUACUGCUCAUAUUCUGGUUAUAAUGAUGAGUUGCUCUGGGGUGCCUCAUGGUUGUUGAGGGCAACGAAUGAUGCUUAUUACUAUAAUUUUUUGAAAACAUUGGGAGCUAAUGAUCAAGCCGACAUCUUCAGCUGGGACAACAAAUAUGCUGGUGCUUAUGUUUUUUUAUCCAGGCUUGCAUUGCUCGACAAGGAUAAAAACUUUGAGCAAUUCAAGCAACAGGCUGAGAGUUUUUUGUGUAAAAUCUUACCCAAUUCUCCUUAUUCAACCAUCCAAUACACACAAGGAGGACUAAUGUUCAACUUCAAGCAACCUCAAAGCAACCUUCAAUAUGUUACAUCCAUAACAUUUUUACUCACCACAUAUGGCAAGUACAUGGAUUCCAGUAAGCAGACGUUCAACUGUGGCAGUCUCGUUGUUACUCCAAAUUCACUUAUCGGACUUGCAAAAAGACAAGUGGAUUACAUACUGGGGGACAAUCCAAAUAAAAUGUCGUACAUGGUCGGAUUUGGACCCAAUUUCCCCAAGAGGAUACACCACAGAGCCUCUUCAUUGCCUUCCAAGGCAAGCCAACCUCAGAUCAUUGGAUGCGAUGCUGGUUUCCAGCCGUUCUUCUACUCGUCGGACCCGAAUCCUAACGUGUUAGUUGGAGCCAUUGUUGGAGGUCCGAAUCAGAAUGAUGGAUUCACGGAUGAUCGAUCUGAUUAUGCUCAUUCUGAGCCUGCUACUUAUAUUAAUGGUGCAAUUGUCGGACCAUUGGCUUAUUUUGCUUAA